AUGUCCCUAAUUUACAAAGCAAACCUGGAGACAAACUUUACAUGCCAAAAGUGCCCUGACUCCAACCACAAGAUACCAAGCCACACCCACAGACCACCAGUAGCAUUACACCCUGAAUGUAACCACUCUCCCAGCUACCCAGCCACACCCACAGACCACCAGCAGCCUCACACCCUGAAUGUAACCACUCCCCCCAGCUACCCAGCCACACCCACAGACCACCAGCCACUCCCCCAGUUACCCAGUCACACCCACAGACCACCAGCAGCCUCACACCCUGAAUGUAACCACUCCCCCCAGCUACCCAGCCACACCCACAGACCACCAGCAGCCUCACACCCUGAAUGUAACCACCCUGAAUGUAACCACCCUGAAUGUAACCACUCUCCCAGCUACCCAGCCACACCCACAGACCACCAGCAGCCUCACACCCUGAAUGUAACCACUCCCCCCAGCUACCCAGCCACACCCACAGACCACCAGCCGCCUCACACCCUGAAUGUAGCCACUCCCCCAGUUACCCAGUCACACCCACAGACCACCAGCAGCCUCACACCCUGA